AUGUCGUCGUCUGCUAGAAAUGAAGAAUCGUCUGCCUGUAUUUCGGAAGCCGAUAAAUUGGAAAUGUUUGAAACAUUUCAAAGUUGGGCCAUCAAAAAUUAUGGGGACAGUGGCAAGACUAAAACUGUGACAAGAAAAAAGUAUGAUCGAAUUACUAAUAUCUUAUCUGGAGAGGAACAAUCGACAUCCGAAAAUUCUAAAUUCAGGUUUUGGGUGAAAGCCAAAGGAUUUCGACUAAGUUGUGAAAUUGAGAAGGAGGAUGAACCGGAGCCAUUCCUUGAAGUACCCAGUAAAACAACGGGUACAUGUAUACUUCCAAAUCACUUUAUUAUGGGUUGUGGGGAAGGUCUCUAUUUACGUCAAGGAUUGUAA